AUGAAGAAAUCGAUCGUUUGGGUAUCGCUGUUGGCGACGGCCUUGGGCCUGAUGCCAACAAGUCGCGCCGAGGCUCAUCGCAUCAAGCGGGCUGCACCUGCAUUGAUGAAUGACCCAGUACCAGUGGCCUCGGCAGCAGCGUCGACUGUUACCGUCACUGUCGAGGUGACAAAAACCGUUACAAGCACUGGCAAUACAUCUCCAAGUACUCCAGUCACAGUCACAGUCACGGUGACAGAUCAAGAUACUCAGACUGUGGGGGGUUCGAGCGCCGCUCCCACCACCGUCACAGAGACAGUGACAGCCUCAUGCAAUGGUGCAGCGCAGACCAUCACAGUUUCUGGGACGGGGCUCACGGAGAUUCCCACGAGCACGGUGACAAUCGGCCAAUCGACAGUUACGGAGACAUUGACUGUGUCUGAUACCGCUGCUGUAGCUGCUCCUCUCGGAGAUGCAGCUACCGAAGUCUCUGCGGCGAGUUCAACGGAGGCUAGUCCAAGCAGCGCUACGCCCGUUGAUUUAUCUGUCAAACUGAUCUCUGCCAAUAAUGCCCCGGCAGUGAAAGCUCCUGCAAAGGGAAGCACUUCGACCGUGUACGCUACAAGCCUAGUCACCAUCACGAGUUGCGCUCCUACUGUUACCGACUGCCCCGCCGACUCAACCACUGUUCAUACCUUGUCAGACAGUACUGUGAUCACUACUACACCUGAGGAUACAGUGACCGAUGUGGAAACUAUCACGGUCACCAUACCAGGCACUACCGUUGUGACAACUGCCCCUGGAGACACAACCACGGACAUAUCAACUACAGUAGUCACCUUACCUGGUACCACUGUUGUGACUACUGCUCCCGGAAACACAGUCACAGAUAUCUUGACUACAACAACUUCUCUUCCUGGAACCACUGUCAUAACCACUGCCCCUGGGGAUACAGUCACAGAUAUAGAAACUACAACGGUCACUUUGCCAGGCACAACUGUUGUGACAACUGCUCCUGGAGACACAGUCACGGAAAUAGAGACUACAACGGCCACCUUGCCAGGGACUACUGUUGUGACAACUGCUCCUGGAGAUACGGUGACAGAUGUAACCACAAUUGUUACUACGGCCCCUGGGGAUACAAUUUCGGAUGUGUCAACUGUCAUUGUCACUCUGCCGGGCUCUACUCUCGUGACAACAGCUCCUGGUGAAACAGUCACGGACAUAUCAACUGCCACAAUUAGUGCUCCGGGGACUACACUUCCAGGAACUACUGUCGUGACAACUGCUCCAGGAAAUACAGUCAUCCUUCCCGGAACAACAGUUUCUGACACAAGUGUAGUGACAAGUGUCUUCAUUUCCGAGUCUGUCACAACACUUCCUGGGACCACUGUGACAACACCAGGAACGGCACUUCCUGGGACGACUAUAGUUACGACACUUCCUGGGUCUGGGGUUACCACCACAAUUACUCUUCCAGCAACAACUAUCCCAGGUACUACUGUUGUAACAAGUCUGCCAGGGUCCACUGUCACUCUUCCAGGCACGACACUUCCGGGGACAACAAUCCUCACGACCAGAACUGUCUCACUUCCGGGCUCUGUGACAACUGUGCCGGCAUCGACCAUCACAAGCGUCAUCAGCGUGCCUGCUUCUAGAGUAACUUUGCCCGAUACUACUAGAAUUAUACCAGCUUCAACCAUCACCACGACAUUUGUUCAACCGGAAAGUACAGUCACCGUCGGUGGAUUAAGCACAGUGGUAGAAACCAUUACUGUUCCAGGUAAAUUACCAUAA